AUGGCUCUGCCACAUCAUCGGGAACAGGCGAGGCCACAGCUGAAGAAAAAAAGCGUAGACGGCAAACAAAAUGUGGUGGCCGAAGCUUCCGCAGCGAAGCCUAGCUCUCCCUAUGCCCCAGGAAGCUUAACGGCCAUGCUUAAUUCAGCGGCGGCUGCAGGUGUCUGCACAAGCCCAGGGGCAGUGCUCGCUGGGUUCAAACGGAAGGGGCUGACUCCGAAUACUGGAAAGUGUAAAAAGCAGCUGGCGGAACAUUUGGCAACCGAAGCUGAUGGACUGGAAAAACUGAGGGCCUUGUUUGACAAGGCCCCGGAGAAGCAGCACACAAAAUGGCAAUGCACCGAAGGGAGCUGCACAAACAGCAGCAAAAAUUCCGUUGCCAUUGAAACUCUUGUGGAGGAGCCCGAAAAUAGGAAUUCUACGAGCUUUGGUAAGUGGUUUAGUGCAACUGCUGACUCCUCCUCCUCUCAAAAUAAUAGGCGGUUGCGUGUGUUUUUGCUAUUUCCUUGCGCCUUCCUUGCUGGUUCCCUGCAAAGUAUCACCCAGCGCAUGGGUGCUUGCAAGCCCUCCGCUGUGGCUGCAUCUACUGUUGCUCCUUCUAAGAAGAGAAAGAUGCGAUCAUCCAAAGCAGCAGGAACGGCAGAGGUUUCUAGCGGUAGCGAAUCAGAUGGCACGGUCGAAGAGGUUCUAGCCCAAGGAGGACAAAAGGAGGCACAAGAGACGCGUGAAGACAAGCAACGACGAACAUUAUUUGUCGGAAACCUCCCGGUUAGGGAUGCCUUUAAGCCUAUUGAGCUGUACAGACACCUUGGACUCCAAAGAGCGCAAGUCGAGUCGAUGCGGCUUCGCUCAGUGCCGGUUGCCGUGGGUUUCCAAAGGUGUCGCCGCGCAGCAAUUGCGAGAAAAAAGUUCAGCUCAUGCGACGUUCAAAACGCAUAUUUGGUGUUGAAGGAUAGAGGCCUCGUAGAGGAUGUUAUACAGAGAAAGGUGGACCUGUUCAAAGGCCGGGAGCUGCGGCUAGAUGGCGCCUCACGCAGCGAGUUUUCACUUUUUGAUAGAAAACGCUCAGUAUUCGUUGGGGGCGUGCCAAGGGAGGCAGCAGAGACAGACCUUAAGGAGGCUCUUGCCUUUUUCGGGCCCGUGCAGAGUCAGACGAACACAACCAGUGAAACAUGUAUAGCCUGCAAAUCUAUAGUUCUGUGGUUGUAUAUACACUCCGAUGUUACUACACAGGUACUAUUCAUUUGUGGGUGUGGAAAGGUGGAUAGGUUCCCUUUUGCAUGUAUCUGCGCUCUGCAUUUCUAG